CUGAUUCUUCUUUAUGAGACGACCCAUGACCGAAAUUAGGUAGAUAGUUGUGAAAAAAAAUGGAAAUAUAUUCAUCUUCAGUGGUCCCAGAGCCAUAUAAAUAGCAAUUUUUUGUCGAGAUUAUCCAUCAGUUCGAUCACAUUCUUACAGAACACCUGACGAAAAAUGUACAAGUUGAUCUUAGCUUCUGCCCUAAUCGUAGCAGUCUACGGACUUCCUGCAGCAGUUCAACAAAUAAAAAAUAACAAUGAAGUCAGAAUUCUGAGACAGGACCAAGUCAACAACCCUGAUGGCAGCUACCAAUGGGCUUACGAAACCGAGAACGGCAUCCAGGCUGAGGAGCAGGGAGCACUAAAAGGUACUGGUGAAGCUGUAGGCAUCGCUUCUGUUGGUUCCUACCGUUACACCGCCCCUGGAGGUGAACCAGUCGAGAUCAGGUACACCGCUGACGAAAACGGGUUCCACGCCGAAGGAAAUGCCAUUCCCCAACCCCCCGCAAUCCCCCCGCAGAUCUUGAGGGCCCUGGAAUGGAUCGAAGCCCACCCUGUCAAGGAGGAAGUAGUGAGGCCCAUCCGCCUUUAAAAGAAGUCGAUGAAAUAGUCAAUUGUGAAGUUGUGAAGGGGUUGUUUACCUGGUGAUAUAUAAAUGAUGAGUUCUAUUCAUUUGUGAAUAUUUGUAUAUAUUGUAUCAAAUAUAAAUACUUUUAUUUCAUCAAAAA